AUGCAGAGGGGAAGGGCCCUGGGCGCCUGGGUGCUCCUCGCCAGCCUGGCCGUGGCCAGCUGGGGUGUCCGAGGGCAGAAAGUAAUCGUGAAAGAAGCCAGCGGGAAGGUGUUCCUGCAAUGUGUAACUGACAGCCAGCGUCAAGUCACGUGGCUGAAGGAUGGGAAUGUGGUAGGAAACACGACACAGCUGGACUUGGGCGCGGUUUAUGAUGAUCCCAGGGGUAUCUAUACGUGUGAAACAGAAAGCCAAAAGAGAAGGUCCCUGCAGGUGCACUAUCGAAUGUGCCAGAACUGCAUCGAAGUGGACGCUCCCACCAUCUCGGGGAUCGUGAUCGCAGACAUUGUGGCCACUGUCUUCCUGGCGAUUGCUGUGUACUGUAUCACUGGCCAGGAUAAGGGACGCUUGUCACGAGCUUCUGACAGGCAGAACCUGAUUGCUAACGAGCAGCUCUACCAGCCCCUUGGCGAGCGGGACGAUGGACAGUACAGCCGGCUGGCGCCUGCCAAAGCCCGCAAAUGA